GAAAAAUAUAAAGUCAGCAGUGCUUUCAUUUUCAGCAUUAAAAAGAAAAGAGAAGACAAGCAAUAUUGAGGGCUUUACUCAGCUUUAGAUUUGAAGGCUCACUGGCACUCUUUGAGAAAGAGGGAUCAAGAAUGGAAGAUACAGAGAAAACAAAGCUUGAGGAGAUGCUGACGUGCCCAGUGUGCCGGGACAUCUUUAAGGAUCCUCGGCAGCUGCCCUGUGGACACAGCAUGUGUAUGGGCUGCCUCGAGAACAUGAUGGAUCACUCCUCAGACAUGCCCUUCCGUUGCCCAGACUGUAGGCAAUAUUUUGGACAAGUCAUUGAGGUGCAGAAGAGCUACGCAUUGACCUACAUUGCGGAGGACUUCAGAGAGAACAAGAAGAGGAGGGACAAGCAGACAAAAAGUGUGUACUGCGACUGCUGCCUGGCGGAAAAAACUCUGGCCAUUAAAACAUGUCUGAAGUGUGAGGUGUCAAUGUGCCAAGAGCACGUCAAGAAUCACCAGGAGCUGCCGGUGUUCACGGGACACGCCUUGGUUAAGCCUCUGGGUGACCUACUGGAGAGGAAAUGCCCCGAGCACGAGGAUGAGGUACUGAGGUACUACUGCAACGCGUCCAGGCGCUACAUUUGCAACAUGUGCGCCCUGGAGAACAAGCAGCACAGCCUGGCCACUGAGGCCUCCACUGUCCUGCGGAGAAAGCUGACCGAUUACAUGGACCGACGCUUUGAAAUGCUCAAGGAGCAAAUGAUGGAAUAUAACAAGUCUGUAAAAAAACUGCAAGAAGACAUCCAACGUGAAAAACAGAAAGCGAAUGCUGCCAACUCACCCCUCAACAGUGUCACAGUGGUCCUGCUCUGUCUGUGGUUCAUUGUUCUGUAUUAUGCCUACAUCUAUUCGGUGGAAAACCAGACGCUGACAGAGGCGCUGGACAAGCAGCAGAACCGCGUGCAUCACAUUUAUUCCACCAUUGCAGAACACUUGGGUGAUCAUCCAAUGAAGAGCCACAAACAUCCAGCGACAGAAGAUAAAGGAAUUCUCAUGUUGGAUCUGGACACAGCCAGUCCUUUUCUUGGAAUCUCUGCUGACCUCCAAACAGUUGAGCGAUUGAAAACCAAGGUAAGCUAUCCCAGCAGUAAAAGCCGCUUCGAAGAGGCCCCGCAGGUCCUCUCUGCCAUGUGCUUCUCCACUGGUACCCAUGUCUGGGAGGUGGAGGCUGAGGGAUACUGGGACAUCGCCGUGUCCUACAAGAGCAUCCAACGAAAGAGCAAGCACAGCAGCGCCUUUGGAAACAACGCACUGUCCUGGAGCCUUAUGCACAACAGCAACGGCAAGCUGUUUGCCUACCAUAACAGUGGAAAAACAGUUCUCUCUGAAACCUUGCAGAGCAGUCGAAUUGCAGUGAUGGUUGAUUUUGAAAAAGGCAACAUCAGAUUCAGUUCUGUGGAGUCUGCGAUCACACAGCUGCACGAGUUCAAGGCUGAACUGACUCAGCCAGUGUGCCUGGGUUUGGGGCUUUACCGUGUGGAUCCACCCAGCAGAGCCUCUAUUGUGAAAGCUUCAUGAACAAUCUAACAAACUCGUAAUAUAUUCAGUCCACACUGAAUCCAGACUGCCUUAAAUCCAGCUGUAAUCGGAGACAAUGAAGGUUGACUUGCACUGAAAGCGGAAGGGUCUGAGAGUAAAGACCUAGAUCAAAGCCAAAAAACUGAAGAUUUACCUAGUAAUAUAUUUUUAUAUUGAAAAGUGUUUUAAGGUGUGUGUGUGUGUGUGUGUUUAAGUUGGAUAUGACACAGGGAUAUGAUAAAUUGAAAGACUAAAAAGGGCUUUAUUACAUAUUUCUCAAUGUUGCAGGCAUUUUAACAGAUGAAAAUCAGUCUUACCACUUGCAAACUGAAAAGCAAGAAUUAAACUCUCUACCCUUUAGCUUAGUAUUUCAAAGAUGGGUAAAACUAUAUCCUUGUAAUAUCAUUAAAAAAAACAAAGAUGCAAAUGUUGUAGCUAACUACAGCAGGGGAAAUGAGAUGAAUGAGCUGAAAGCAACAGACUUCACCACUUUUUCUGCAAACAAAAACCUCUAUAAUCAGAACAACUCAGAUUGUAAAUCAUACAAAUUCUACAUAUCAGAGCCAGAACUCUGAGUUUGUCAAAUGACCUUCUAUAAGCAACUGGUCAGAUCAGAUCAGGCAGGUUUAAGUUACAACAGGCGUGCUUUAAGAGAGUAAAAAGAGAAAAAGCACUGGAUUGAGCAAUUUUGCUGAUUUAUUAAGAAAACAUAAAAGUCGAGUCUUUUAACAAGUGCUGAUGAUCUGAGCUGUAUUUUACAAAAAAAAAAUGAAGGCAACAUUAAACCUAGAAGGCCGCUGUAGUGCCACAGUACAAAAACAGGUACAGUGGUAGAAACUAUUUUCCUGCUCAGACUAAUGCAUAUUUCAGCUAUGUAAAGAAACAAGUUGAAUUGUUUCGCUUGCUUGUUGCAAAAGACACCAGAACAUUUCAGAGCAUCAAUUUCAAAUCGACACUGAGCUCUGUAUAGUCAUGUCUCAAAAUGUUCAUCCUCUUUGUCAGAGAGUUUUAAGAAACACUUUUCCAACAAUUUACAGUUAACAAGUAUAAAUUGACCUGUGUGGGCUAUAAUAAAAAAAAAAAGUAAGAAUACCAUUAUCUUGACCAACUUAAAUACUUCAUUGUGCUGAUCUUCUCUAGCUGCCUUGAAGUCCCUUGAUGCCUGAAUAAAAGCUGUAUACAUAAUCAAACAUAACACAUCAAACACUUUGUUUGGGCCAAAAUUGCUAACAUGGAAUCGCUGUCCUAAUUAAGCGCCAUUUAGCAAUACUACUUGUUUAUUGUCCUGAACAGCAACCUACAGUACAUGUACAAAACAAUGAGAGAACUGACACUGCAGUGAAAUACACUUGACUUUUCUGUACUGCACCGGUUCUGCAUCCGUCCGUGAACAGUAGCUGACUGGUGUUCUGCUGAUGUGAUUGGUGGCAGCUGCUCUUUAUUUGACUGUUCCCAUGGUCUGAUUCCUGAUCGAACACCAUGCUCUGAAUAUAUCUCUGAAAAACAAAAAAUAUUAUGUUCAAAAAAGUUUGUGAAUGUCUGCUGGAAACAAAAUGUAAAGAAAACUUCUACACACCUGCAGUGAGUGGCCACACACUCAUUGCUGCAGUAUUCUUUGUCCCAGUCAUCGCUCUCAACGGCCGGGUUGUUGCAACCUGCCCUCACACACACACUCCUCAUAGCUGCAGCAUCACUGGACUCAUUCAUCUCCAUCUCAUCCUGAAAAAGGAGCAAAGAUUUGGAAGAGUGUCGUUAAGACUGAUAGCUGGUAUUUUCAUCAAAGUCAACAUAUAUAAAAACACAAAAUAACAACACUUCAGGUCAGUGUUGAGCAGAGGCAACUUUGACUCUAUAUAUGUAUCAUCUACAUACAUCUGGAAAGUGCAAUUUUUCUCAGUCCCCUUUGUGAAACUGCUGAAGCUGCAUCAGCUUGCAUGAGUUGUUGAGUGAACCAACAUGUAUAACUACCCCUGAUGUCAUGUGAGCGUCUUCUUUACUGCUCUGCUAUAAAACUGAUGAAACACCCAG